CGAGCAAUGGUUAUUUGCGGUUGAGGCGGCAAACGAAUUGGUUCAAAGAGUGUUGAAAUGACUACGUAGUCUGCUUCGGGAAAACAGAUGUGUACAUAAAUUCAAACGGUGGUGUGUAAACAAGGAUUCAGACUGACCAUAUGUAGAAAAUUUGCUGAGGAGAGCCGGAUUCGGGAGGAUGUUUAAUUAUCGUGUCUAGCGGUGGGAGGUGUGCUAUUUCAAUCAACUACGUGCUCAUGUUUCUGUUUACGGUAGCCGCUUUCGGAAGUAUAACGGUUGUGAAGGGUCAACGUUAACGAUCAAGUACGUUUAUGAUAGUGUGUACAUAUCUGCAUCUGCAGUGGAUCUGCUAUUAGUUGUUCUGUUUGAACGAACAAUCACAUCCUACUUAUUUUCUCUGGCUUACCGGAUAUUGGUAACACAAACAAAAGCUUCCUCUAAAGGGUCAAAUGAAAAUUAAUUAUACACCUCCGUCCAGGAUGCAAGGAAAGCCACACCAGAAAAGCAACAAUCUAUUGUGAAUACUCAUUCCGGAUGGACUCUUUGUCGGUAGCAUCUAGACGUGCCCAAGGAAAAUCUAUUAGCCUUACCAUCGCUGAUGGUGUAAGCGCUAAUUGCCAAUCGACGCCGACCAAGUAGUUGGGCUAUCAAAUUAGCAGAAACACCUAGUGUAAAUUUAUUGUGCGACGAAUGAGCCAAAGCAAACACACUCCACUCUGCCGAAGACUCCGAUGAUUCGUUGGUCUAAUUGAAACUAAUCGUCCGGUUGUUGGAACAACAAACGGACUUCAAUCUAACACAGCGAAUGAUUAUCUGUUGGGGGCAUUCAUCCUAGAAAUUCCACUUAACACGGGAGUCAACGUAAGGACACAUUCCAUGACAAAAACAAGUUCAAAGAACUGUUAAUGUGAGACAAGUGCCGGAAAAGUGAGUGAUGUAAAAAAUACACAAAAUACAAUAUAGUAGCAAUUUAUUGGAAAAGUUUGUUCCGGUGACUGUCGUCGUGAUUCGUAAAUCGUGCCUCCCAUUGAUAUUGCUACUGCCAAAGUUUCAUAACCCGUGCCGCCGAGGGCACACAUACUCGCGCACACAUACACACGCAUGCGGAGAAAAUUCUGCGAAGAACGAAGUCAACCCUAGCCUAGUCAUCUUUAGAGUGGAGAAUUCGCCCUCCAAGGAGCCACGGAACAAUGAACACCACGUCGCCCAAAUCGUCGCUGGUGAAGCUGGGCCUACAUUCCAAGACGAAACCCUUUCGGGUGAUGGUGCUGGGGCAGAGCGGUGUCGGAAAGACGGCAAUGGUGGUGCGGUUCAUAACGAAACGUUUCAUCGGCGAAUACGACCCGAAUCUGGAGAAAGUGUACACAUUUCACACCGUGGUGGAUACCGGGCUGGUACAGUUUGAAAUUUUGGAUGCCGCGGGACAGCCGAAUGAAGCUGAUUGCAUGACGUUGGAAGCAAACAUCCGCUGGGCGGAAGCAUUUAUCCUCAUGUACUCAGUGGCAGAUAAGUGUAGCUUCGAUGAAUGCAAUCGCUUGAAGUUUCUAAUCAAUUACAAUAAACGGAGACGUCGGUUAGGAUCCUACAGUAAGGACACAUUGCUGGACGUCCCGGUCAUUCUGGUGGGCAACAAAAUUGACCAGAUCGGUGACCGGAUGGUGUCGACCGAGGAAGGCCAACGCCGGGCGAAGGAGAUUUCCUGCGCGUGCUUCCACGAAAUAUCCGUCCGCGAAAGCAUAGACCAGGUGACGGGAGUCUUCCGGGAUGCGUGCCGCUUCUGGCGGGUACUCAACCGCUACCCCAAGCUGAAACGAUCGACCAGCGACGUGCACGAUCUGCACUCGGAGGUCGAGCUGAUCAUCAGCCCGGACAGUGUCCACCCGUUCUGCAACUGUGAUUUGAGCCACCACGAGAAGCGACGAUCCAUUAUAGUUUUAGGCCGUCCAUGGACCGAAGAGGAACCAGACGAAACGGAUGAAUCCGAGUCGAGUUGCUGCUCGUCGCAAAAGUCCGAUGUUGAAGAACCAUUCCGAGGUCGCGCCUCAACCGACGGGACACUGCUGUCCAGACCAAGACGGUGGCGUUUUGCUCCACCGGGAUCUCUUAUGCCACAUGUGAGUCGCGUCGAGCGACGCAUGAGCAUCUCCAUGAGGGGCAGUAAUGCUAGCUAUUGAAUAGAUGGUUUGUUUUAUAUUUUGCAUGACAAUAUUGUGAUUUCAUGGAUGUGAAUGUUGCUGUGCUUUAAACAAAAAUCAGACAAAACUCCAAAUGUCGAAAUUAGCUGGGAGAAAAAACUUAAAGUAUUCAUUUUACUGUAGAUUUGUUCAAAUGAAAGGCCUACAAUAUCAAAGAAAUCGUGGAACCUCAAAUAUACACUACCA